CCGCCCCCCGCCCCCCGCCCCCCGCCGCUUGCACCAUGUCCCAGAGCGAGCGCCUGCGCAUGCGGCCGGCGCCGCCCAAGUGCCUGGCCAUCUCGUCGCACGUGUCCUUCGGCGGCCGGGCCGGGCUGCGAGCCUCCAUGCCGGCCUACGUGGCCCUCGGGGUGGACGCCUCCGAGGUGGGCACCUGCCAUCUGAGCAACCACACCGGGUACCGGCUGUUCCCCGGGCGGGUGGCCGCGCCGGGGGAGAUCCGCAGCCUGGCGGCCGGGGCCCAGGCCAAUGGGCUGCUGCGGGCCGGGCCCGAUGGCCGGCAGGCCGCCUUCCGGGUGGUUUGCACCGGGUACAUGGCCAGCGUGCCGCAGUCGCGGGAGAUCGCCGAGCUGGUGGCCGCGGCCCGGGCCGGGCCCGGGCCCGGGCCGCUGUACGUCAUGGACCCGGUGCUCGGCGAUGACGGGGAGCUGUAUGUGCCGUCGGUGCUCCUGCCGCGGGCCCUGCGCAUGGUGCUCCUGUCGCCGCAGAUGUCCCGGCGGCUGUUGUGCCUGAGCGAGCCGGACCAGCUGCUGCUGCUGGGCACCGGCGAGGCCGGGACCAAGCGCGGGCUCAGCCGCGGCGGCCAGGCCCCGGCCGAUGGCGGGGCCCUGCCCGGCGGCCCGACCCUCACCUACUUCCCCCAGACCCGGGUGGAUGUCCUGACGCCGAAUCAGUUUGAGCUGGAGCAGCUGGCCUACCCGCCGGAGGCCGGCCAUGCCCAGGCCCCGGCCGCUGUGGCCGGGCUGGAGGGGCUCUGCGCGGCCCUGUGGCGCGUGCACCGGGCCUACCAGGUCCCGGCCAUUGUCUGCACCUCCACCUCGUACUUGGGCUGCCGGCACCGGGACCCGGCGGCCGCCAGCGCCUGCACCUCCUCUUUCCGCCAUGCGGGGGCCUCGGCCGGUGGCCCGGCCGGCGCCGGCCCCGGCGCCCCCCCGGCCGAGGCUUUCUGCUGCGAGGACUCCUGCGUGGACUUGCGGGCCUUUGUCCCGCCCGGUGGCCGGCCGGCCGAUGAGCGCUUUGUCGCCAUGGAGGUGGUGGCCAGCUUCAUCCCGCGCGAGCGCCUGGCCCAGCUGGCGUCGGUCCUGCCGGCCGACGUGGUGGACGACGGCCCCGACGCCCCGGAGCCCGGCAUUGUGGCCGCGGCCGAUGUCGCGGCCGAGCUCUUCCGCCCGGUGCGCUUUGCCGUGGUCCGCCGGACCAAGUAUGUGUCCGGCACCGGGGACCUCUUUGCGGCCAUGGUGUCGGCCCGGCUGGCGCAUGCCCUCCACGCGGGUGGUGCCUUCUCCGAAGAGUCCUUCCUAGAUGGUGCGCCGGGGUGGCCCGCUUCCCGGUCCCGCCUCCGCCGCGCCCGGCAUGGGUGCGGUGGACAGCCUCCCCUCCUUCCGCCCUUUCUCCUUUUGUUUUUUUUCCCGCCCUCUUGUCGCCCUUCCGCGCCCGCCCCCCCCCCCUUUCGAAUGGGCCCCUGACCGUGGAUUGGCUCGGCUCCGCUGCUGGCCUUGUUGCGGCUCCCCCGCCCGGGGCGGUCCAGCCGUGGAGCAUGCGCUGGCCGGCACGCAGGCCGUCCUGGCGGCCACCCUCGGCCCGGCGCAGCCUCUCUCCGGGGAGGAGUGCUUCCGCGAUGAGGCCGAAGACCCGGACAGCAUCCCGGAGCUGGACGUCGUGUCGGACACCAGCCUCAUGGCCCGGCCGCCCGGGCUGGCCGAGCACUUCUCGUGCUUGCCCUCGGGGCAGGCGCGGGAGCGCGUGUGCGCGGCCCUGGCCGGCCGGGCGGUCGCCGCCGCCGAGGCCGGCGUCUCGGGCGCCGCCUGGGGGGGAUUCGCCUCGGAGGCCCGGCGCGGCGCGCGCUCCGUCUUCAUCGACGACCUGCUUGUGUGAGGGGACAGCUAGACGCGCGACAGGACGCAAGGGGGGGGGGGGGGGAAGGGGGCGGGCACGGGUG